AAUAGAAAAUUUUUGGGAGAUUGACCAUGGCUUGUUUCGCUUGAGGGCACCCUUGUCUUGGCAACAGCUAAAAUGACCCAGCUCUCUCCUUGUUUAGCUUGUUAUCCUCCCCGGAAAACGACAGGAGAGGCAUUGAGGCAGGAAUGACGGGAUCCAGAAGCAGCUGUCUGUCAAAAGUUGGAGAGGAUUAAGUUAGCUUUCAUCCAUCAACGAAAGUGGUGCGUGGUGAUAGGUGGGUUUCUUCGGGGAGAAAAAAUAUAUAUAGGGAGUUUAAAACAAGCGUAGGGAGAGAGUGAACGACAUACGAAGGCAGAAAGCAAGCGGUAACUUGAGGAGGAUCUGUUGUCAACAUUGAGGGGAAAGGAGAUGAAUGUUUGCACUGAUCUUUCGGUCUGCGUUGCGGAGACAAAGGAGAUGUAGAAGAAACAAAGAUGCAAAGCAGACAACAACGCUAACAACGUAGCCGGGGGGAAUUAAGUUAUCCCGGGACGGGGAGAGCGAUACGGUGCACUGCGCUAAGGAGAAAACAAGUGAAGGUGAGCUGGAACGUUACAUCCUGACUAGGGGAGCCAUGUUCGGAGAAAAGACAGACGCUUCUCUGGACUCCCCCUGCGAGAGUGGGGAAGGGGAGGAAAAAGGAGAGGCGGGAGACGAGGGGCUGGAGGAGCGACUCUUCUAUCACGUGACUCCCAGGCAGCCUCUCAGGAGAACGGGCGCUCAAAAUGGCGGCGGCCGGAGUGAUGGUGGGCUUAGACCGCGCACUUCCACCCCAUACUAUCAUGGCGGAGGCCCUCACGGACGGCGGAGGGAAGUGAGGUUUUCUGAGAAAGUGCUGGAGCAUUCGGCUGAAGAGGGCACGCCGUGGCUGCGCUCUGUAGCGACCCCAGUCAGAAGGCAGAGGAGAAUGAGGGCGGCUGCUGGGAAGGAAGUCGGACUGAAUGAGGAAGAGCCGCGAGUGGCGCCCUAUAGCCUACGCUCUUCCCAGAGAUAUCCUCCAACACCCUUUAGGGAGAAGGAGAUGGCACAGGAGCAGCUGCCUCGGGAGGAACCGACUGGCUCUUUGGCAGAUGAUCCUUCUCCAACUAAAAGUGAAAUCAGAACAGCCAACAAAAACUUAAAUGGCCAAACUCAGACAGGGAAUGCAAACAUCUUUGGAAUUGCAGAUGAUUCUGAACUUCUUCGACCAGCUCUUAGGAGAAGACCACGGAUAGAAGAUGAAGCAGAUGAAGAGGAAAGUGAGAACAAAUCCGAAAUUGGAAAUACUAUACAUCAGCUGACUAAUAGAUACAGGUUUGCGAAAGAUGCACAAUUUUUUGCUCAAAAGCCACAAGGUCUUGAUCCACAGACACAUGUAAGAACCAGGACACAAAUUUAUGUACAGAAGAAACAUCUACCAGUGACUUCCAAAAGUUCUGAACAGUCUGAUGGAAAACAUUCAUUUAUAAGACUUUGGAUACUUGUAGUAGCUUGCAUUGCUACUGGUGGAUGGUAUGUAUUCCAGUAUUCGUCAUCUUGUUCCCUAGAAACUGAUAAGGCCCUGCAAGCAUUUCAAAAUCAGAUGAAAGAGCUCAUGAGCAGCUACCCAAGUCAAGAUGAAAGGAUGUGGAAGAGAAUCCAAACUACCUUUGAAAAACAUCUCAACUCAUCUCAGCCUCAUAUGGAGCCAGCCAUCUUAUUACUUACUGCUGCAAAAGAAGCUGAAGAUGUCCUGAAAUGUUUAAGCAACCAGAUUGCUGAUGCUGUCUCCUCUUCUCAAAGUGCUGCCACAAUUAAAAUAGAUGGAGCAAGCAAAGCUACUCUGGACAGUGAUGUUGUCAAACUAAUUGUGGAUGAACUAUUAAGCUCUGGGUUCAAGGGAGGCAAAAAGGCAGCAGUAGUGCAUCGAUUUGAGUCACUACCUGCAGGUUCCACACUGAUCUUUUACAAGUACUGUGACCAUGAAAAUGCAGCAUUUAAGGAUGUGGCUCUUCUCUUAACUGUUCUCCUAGAUGAUAAGUUUCUACAAAGGAGCCUUAGCCUUCUGGAUGUAGAGGUAAAAGUAAGGGAUUUCCUCAGGGUUAAGUUUACCAACUCAAGCAUGCCAGGUUCUUAUAACCACAUGGAUAUAGACAAACUGAGUGGAUUGUGGAGCCGCAUUUCCCAUCUGGUCUUGCCUGUGUGGCCUGAAAACAUCCUCCCUCAGGAGAAGUGCUUGCAGCUCAAAUAAUUUAAUCGAAUAAAAGAACAAGAUGGGAAAUACAAUGAAGUGUCUAUAUGUGUUACUGUUUGAACUGAGUGAGGAUUUAUUGCUUGUUUAUUGGAACUGCCUGUUUAAAUAUGCAGUUUAGAGGUAAAAACAGGAGGGAAAUAAUCUGAAUAUUUGUUUCAAGAACUUGUAGAACAUGAACACAGCUCUGAAUUCCCACUCCUGUAAUUCUUAGAAUCCAGGAUCCUGCCGCUUUUGGUGGAGAGGGAAAGGAAUCUUUAUAGUUAUGGUUAUCCACCUAUGUGAAGAUACUUAUAUAAAUCUUUUUAGAGAAUGUUGUGUUCAGGAGCUAUAGAGUAAGGAAGCUUAAUAUAGAUGAAUACUUGCUUUUACCAACUUGCAGUGUACCAGAAUAAACUGGAAAAUCAAAGCUGCGACCAAAAUCUGUAUCUCAAAACAGGUCUGUCUUCCUUUGUUUACCAAGAUGAGGGGAUUGACAAAAUCCAUUACUGCAUGGCCCUGGUACCAGAUUUGCUUGUGUUCAGUCAGAUCUUACAGCUCGACAUAACAAGACAGUCUUAAACUUUCAGUUGGAGUAGCAGACCUUGUCUAACCCACACUUUCUUUCUUUUGGAAAUAAUCUGCAGAUGCAUGAUAGGCACCUGUUAAUUACCCUAAUUUUGAAAUUGCUGUUCAGUUCUGGUAAUGAUCCCUUUUUUGAUGCAGUAUUACAGGGCUUUUCAGUCUGUCUUGGCCAACUGGCAUAGGCUUCCUUCAUGAGCAGGAGCUCCGUGUGAAAAAGGGAUCAGAUAUUUUCCUGAGGGCACAUUUUGCACCUACACUGCCUAACCAGGACAAAAAAAACCACUUUACUUGGGUUAACUCUGGCACUGUGAAAGUGUUGACUUUAAUCAAAAGAUGGAAGCGCAUUGGAUGCUAGUGUGCUUUAAAAUGACUUUUGAGGUCUGUUCUUGAAAUAAUUCACUCAUCAGAAAGAUACAUGAAGACAGCGUUUAAAAUAUUAUUUUGAAUAAAUUUAGAUGAAUAAUAUUUUUAUGGAGGACUUGUGUAUUGCAUAAAUUAAGACAUAGAUCAUUACGCCUUGUUAGUUUAGUAUUCUGCAGACUUGCAAAUUUACAUGUAAAUCUUCAUCUGCCAAUUUGUAAAGUGUCUAAUAAAUUUUGAAGGUCUUA